AUGAUCAUUUCUGCAUUUUCAGCUUUAGGACUCUCAGCUAAACCCUUCUUUACAUCAUCUCCUUGGUACUUUGAUUCCGGGGCUUCCCAUCAUAUGACAAACAAUGCUGAUUCUCUUACCAAUGUAAACAAAUAUUUUGGAAAUCUCAAAAUUCAUACUACUGAUGGCAAUCAUUUACCUAUCACGGCCACUGGUGAUGUUUCUCCCUCUCUCACUGAUGUCUUUGUAUCUCCUGGUCUUACCACCAAUCUUGUGUCAGUCGGUCAGUUGGUUGAUAAUGAUUGCAAAGUGGAAUUCUCUAAAUCUGGUUGUGUUGUGCAGGAUCAACAGUCAGGGAGGAUGAUCACGAGGGGGCCUAAAGUGGGACGUCUUUUUCCUCUUCAAUUUCCUUUGUCUUCUUUUUCACCCUUUGUCUCCUGUAAUUCUGCUCAUGUUGAUUACCGAGCGUGGCAUAAACGUCUCGGACAUCCAAAUUCUAAUGUCCUUCAUGAUUUAUGGAAAUCUGGUUUUCUUGGGAAUAAAGAAUCACCAUCUCUUAGUGCUGACUUCCUACAGACUAACGGCAUCAUCUCUCAACGGUCUUGUCUUCAACACCUCAACAAAGGUGUGGCUGAGAAAGGAAGAACCGUUCACCUCCUUGUGUUUGUUCGCACUCUCUUGUUAGAGUCAUCUACGCCCUCUCGUUUUUGGUGUGAAGCUCUAUCCACUGCUUCCAUCUUCCUCAACAGGUGGCCCUUCUCCCACAUUGCCAACCUAAACACAACUUCCCUUCACCAGUUUUGA